GUUACGAUUUUACAAAAUGCAGUGGGUGAUUAUUUUGUUAGACUGUCAUUUCUAAAUUUUUAUGAAAGACAUGCUCAUUGAUUAGAACUUUCGAACUAAGUCGUAAUUCAAAGUUAAGUUAUCGAGUGAAAUGUGAAUUUAUCGCAAUGGGCCACGAGAUACCUAACUAGGAAGAGCACGAUUUUGAGUCUAAUCUACGUUCCAUAUUACCUAAACAUAAAUUAAAAUGGGUAAACAAAAUAGCAAACUCAAGCCUGAGGUUUUAGAAGAUCUGAAGCAAAAUACAGAAUUUUCAGAUGCAGAAAUACAAGAAUGGUACAAAGGCUUCCUGAAAGAUUGCCCCAGUGGACAUUUGUCUGUAGAAGAGUUUAAGAAAAUUUACGGGAACUUCUUCCCUUACGGUGAUGCUAGUAAGUUUGCAGAACACGUGUUCCGGACGUUCGAUGCUAAUGGCGACGGCACGAUAGAUUUCCGGGAGUUCCUAUGCGCGCUGAGCGUGACGUCACGGGGCAAGCUCGAGCAGAAGCUAAAGUGGGCCUUCUCGAUGUACGACCUCGACGGCAACGGGUACAUAUCGCGACAGGAGAUGCUCGAGAUUGUAACUGCUAUUUACAAGAUGGUGGGUUCUGUGAUGAAGAUGCCAGAAGAUGAGUCCACGCCGGAGAAGAGGACGGACAAAAUAUUCCGUCAAAUGGAUCGAAAUAAAGACGGGAAACUGUCGCUGGAAGAGUUUAUAGAGGGCGCCAAGAGCGACCCCUCGAUCGUGCGCCUGCUGCAGUGCGACCCGCAGUCGCAGUGAGCCCCGCCCCUCCAGCCACGCUCUCGAGAGCGAGGCGCCUCUAUCCCAAACUAUUUACUACGAAAACCUAUAUUAAAAUAACCCCAGUUAAAUUUGCUUGUAAGAGCUAGUGCGCGGUGCAAAUCGUUAAGGCACAUACUUGAAUUUAUGUUCCAUCGAUUGCUCUUAUUUUAUUAGGCAUCCAAUAACGAUUCUCAAUAAUUAACAUUAUUUAUUCUUUGCUAUGUAUUUAUACGUUUGUAUUUUAAAUAAAGACAUUAUAUUAAGGUAGUGGAUCGAACACACGAGAAAAAAAAUGAAAGCGGAUUAUAUUCGAAUUAACUAAACAAUAGGUGUUAAAUCUCAACCAUAUUUUAUAUCUAGUCGCUGCUAUUACGACUAUCUCAACAUUCAAUCGAAUGCAAAACUUCGUAAACAUUUUGACAGUCGUCAUUAAGACUAUCGGUCAAUUUGUCACUGGGAAUACAUAAAUGCUAUCGGUAAAUGGUGUCAGUUAGGAAGUAAGAAACUAUAACACUAAAAACUAGAUUAAGUUUCUGCUUCGAUCGGUGUAUUGUGUGGUCGUAUCGUACUAAAGUAUGUACGGGGGUACUCUGCUUGAUGCAUUAUGGGUUUGAGUGCAAUUGGCGUCCUUUCUUUGUUUUUGCAGCUUUACACCUUGCAUGUCACGAGGCCUUACUCCGGGUAAACGACGCCAGCCUUCACGUUUAAUGAGAGAUCUUUAACCUUGACACUUUUAUUAGCUACUUAUUUCAUAUAAGCUGCAGAAUAAUUGUGACGCCGUCUAGUCCGUUCUAAUUACUCAAACUCCAAGUAUAAAUCUAUAAAGUGAGACAAAUUACAUGUUAAAGUUUCGUGACUUUGACAUAAUAAGUAGUAGGAUCGUGUUGAAGUAUUUUUUUCUUUAACUAAGCCUACUUUCUAUGAUUUUUCAAUCGUGGUUUUCCCAAAAGCUUGUCAAAUAUCAAUUCUAUUUACAUUCAUUUAUGUGUUGUUUUUAUACAAUAAUGAUAAAAAAAGUUAUACCCAGCCGGCUUAGCCGAAAUGACAAUCGUGGACGCUAGACGCCAAUCGAAACUAAGUCUGGCUCUGCCUCGCCGAGCGCUGCUAUCUCUAUCGUUCGUCGCGGAAGACCGAUAGAGAUAGCUGGCUACGAUAUCGAUAUUAUCGUAUGCGUUUGUGCAUUUGGCUACGUAAGCAAGACUGAACAGACGUUCAGUGUAUAUUGUCGUUAUUAUACCGGGUGGAACAUUACAAUGUACUAUCCCUGAAACGGGAUAUAGUGUAGCCUUAGGACUAUACAAUUUACUUUAACUCUUUUUUAUUUUUCCUGUAAGGGUUAGCACCUAGUCUUUUUUUACGUACAUUUUUAAUUUGAAAAUAGUUAAAAAAUUGAAAGUAAAUAGUAUAGUUACUAAGGGAAAAACGUAGUCCUAAGCCUACACUAUCUCCCAUUUCAGGGAAAGUAAUGCUAGUGUGUUCAUAAGUUCUAAGACCAUAGUUUUGAUUUAAAAACAUAAUAUGUACAUAUAAAGCAAUAAAUAAAAAUCUUAAAUAUGACUUUAAAGCUUAUUAUUAUAAUUAUAUUGAUUUAACUACAUUAAAUUUUCUUGCUGUUUAUACAGUACCUUGUAAACUUGAGGUUGUCAUUAGAGAAACACAAACCAAAGUUAUUACCAAUAAGUAUUACAGUUUCUUAUUAGUAAAUAAUGGUUUAUUUUAAAAAAUCUGUAUGUUGAGCAUAUUUUAAAGUUUUUAAAGAGGACUGUGCUACUAGCUGUUCCCGUCUUGACUGCGUAUUUUUCAAUUUCUUACAAAAACGCGAAAAUUUGAGAGUAACUUGCUAAAUCGAAUCUUUAGUACAGAGGAGAGAUACCCUCUAUAAUUUUCUUUGAAAUAAAAUAGUACAUUUACGAUACAAGUGCGCAAAAAAGGAAGUUCAAAUCGAGUGGCGAUAAAUUAAUUAAAUCGACACGAGUUACGAAUUUCCUUUUCGCACGUUUCGCACUUUUCGUACGACGUUUUUCAGUACAGAUGACUCCGAAGUUUCGACCUGGCAUAUAAUGAACGACUUUUUUACGCACUAGUGCGAGAAUGCCGCUCAUUUGCUGAUCAAGACAUUUUUCAGCUUAUCAAUAUUUGCGGAAACCAUAAUCCAAAAUGAAAUAAUUCGCAUAUCUACUGAUUGCUUGACAAAAUUUGAUUAAUUGUAAUUGUAGAUCUCUUACUGCUGCCCAAAUAAAUAAUAUUGCGGACCAAAUCAAUUUAGAACAGCUCAGCGUUACAUUCAAUGCAAACUGGUUUUGAAAUACUUACUAACCUUAAGUUGCUGAUGCUGGCCAAGUAUCAAUUAAUAUACCUACCUAGGUAUAUUUUUGUUCAUCAAACUCGGAGUUUUUUGCAGAUCGAUUAAAUGAAAUAAACUUUUAAACCAUACAGGUAAAAAAUAUCAAAACUGUCUCAAAACUUAUGAACAUACUAGAUAAUCUCGGCGAAGACGGUAUAGGGGCUGAAAAUUAUUAACUGUGUACCUGGGAAAUAUCAUAUUAUGUACAACCUUCUGUAUUUCUGAGAUAGGUAAAGGUAUCUAUUAGUGGUGCUACGAGAUAGUUCUUGAUUUGUGACAUUUAGGUGACUACGAUCAAAUUGAACAUUACUUGCUAAGCUAACUUUUGGAAAGACUGUGGGUUUAUUGCACAAUAUGAAGACAAUUUACGCAUCAAACGAUACUGACAAAUAUACCUAAUAUAAUUAUUAUUUAAUUCGUAGUUAUUUACAACAUAUUUAUGCUGAUAUAUUUGUGUAGCUAUUAAUAAGAUUUAGUUGUAUUGAUCGAUUGAGAAUUCAAAAAAAAACGUAGCUCUGAGUCAGCCUAAGUAUUACUAUUCAAUUAUUUUACUAUGAAAUGAUCUGUAGACGUGUUUUCACAUAGUGUUUUAUAUUAUUAUUUAAUUUAAUAAACUGUUAUGGCGCCGAGUCGCGUUUAAAUUAAUGAAAUAACUUGAGACGUUUAUGAAAAAAGUUACGUCAUCCAGAUGUAACCCGCUUGAUAAGGAUUUAUAGUCAUCGAUACGACGGGGACCGUGGAAAAUUGAAUACGAAUAAGUUUGUUUGGUUUGUGGACGCAACUAACCUCCAUAUCAACUGUGCUUGCUGAACUUUGACUGACCUAAUUCCAUUAGUCAGGUAGGCGUUGUUGACUUCGGUGGAGUCUUAAUCCCUUCCUGUAUGAAUCUGUAUCUGAACGUGUAAUGCUUCUAAGAUUCUCCUUAUACACAUAUUUUGCACAAUUAAUGACAAGUUAUUUAUGUGGCGUUGAAUAACCUCCAUAUAAACAUCAUACUCGUAAAUAUGGAACUUUUCUAUUAUAAUGUCUGCUUCCUUCGCGUGAGAUCCAGUUGUUUAUUGCGUGCAUUAGUGUUUUUUUUUAUAAAAUAUGUUGAUCGUGCCGGGUUAACUAUCACUUUUAUUACAUUUUAAAGUUACCUACCUAUCAAAAUAGUAUUUGCGGUCAGGGUUUACAGGGGAUAGGCCCCUUGUGAUAUUUUUUUUUCUUUGGAUUUAGUUGUAGCCAAAAACGCAAAUGAGUAUCUAUCUGAAUAUGAAGGGUGACCAAUCCAAAUGAAACUAAACAUUAGAUAAUUGGUCCAUAAAACACUACACUAGAGGGCUACAAUGAGGUAUUUUUAUAGUACUAGAUUUUGUUCUCUUGGCACAAACAUCAAUGCCAUUCCUCGUAACAAUAUUGGAUAUGACGCACUAUUCCGCUCACUGCCAGGAUUAGACUGCUGACCACGUCUAUUAGGCACCAGCUCCUGUUACGGGCAAAACAGGUUUACCUACUGUGCUGCUGCUGCUAAAACCACGUGUAGUUAGUAUCUCUGAUUCAACGUUUUAAAAAACUACUUACUUUGCCAUUAAGGAACGAUCCCCAUCGUGCUUUUGUUUAACCCUUUCGCUCUAAUUGUCAAUCUAUUUGCUUAAAGUAACUGGCACGACUGCGGAAUUAUUCAAUUCUAAAAUUAUUUUGUUUAUUGCCCAAACGUUAAACUACAGAAUUAUAAGUGAGUUAUAAAUAGGCACUAAGCAUAAUUCACAGAAAGACAGUGUCUUCUAUUUAUUAAGUACUCACAAAGCGCGUAAGAAUGUCAAGGAUUCACAUGUGGGGUUUAAACAUCCCUGGAUCCUUAAUACGACUAUGAGUAAUAUUUACUACUCGAACAGUUAAAUCAAGCAGCAUAAAGCUCUUAUUCAUAAUUAAUAACCAUUUAACAUGAGCAAGUAAGAUUUGUACAUGGUAUAAUAUAACCUAAGUAUUGUAUUUCUUAUAGUUAAAAUAGUCCAGUCCAAUUAUUAUUUUAAAAUGUGUAAUUAAUUGUAUGUUUCUAAAGUUAUUUAAUCCAAUGCACAAUGUAUUUAAGCACCUACCGCACAAUAUUGCUGUAUAAUUUCUGAUCGUAUACUCCAAUUCCUGGCACACAUCAGACACGGUUCGCAAAACCAUUCAGUGAGCAAUACUUAGUUUGUAAAGUUACCUUCACAUGUGUUGUAGUCGUCCCGCGAUUGGUGCAGUGUUGAUCGGACGACGUAGUUAGAUAGGCUUUAUAAUGUUAGAUAGGAAUCAUUUGAGCGCUGUAGUUCAAAACGCCCGUAACUAGUCAUUAUCGCUGAUUUAAUUGGUCAUUGUUUUUUUACAGUCUUCCAGUAUUUUAAGCGGUAGAAGAACUACGAAUUGUAUUUUGACCUUUAUUAUGUACUUUAAAAUUAUAACAUAAAAUGUUAUAACAGGUUACCUAAGUAUUAUUACCUACUUAAAAUCGAAGUAAAUCCUUAGAAGACUUAGAUGCACCCUAUUAGUUCAAUGCUAGCUUAUAUGGGUGCUAAAUAUUAUAACUAACAUUUAUAUAAAAAUCUAAGAUAUGCUUUAUUGGAAUAUUUUAAUGCAAGAGUACAUCGCGGAUGACGACAUUUUUACUGUUUAUCAUAGAUAGGUACGGUUCUGAGACCUUACAUAUGUUACGUCUGAGACCUUAAUAUACAUUUAAAAUCUCUUUAUCACCUAGUUAGUCAUGUUUGGCUCCUUCCCACGCUUGCUUAAAAUCUUCUAUUUCUGAUAUAAGUACCUACUUCACUAUUAUAAUUAUACUAGUAAUAACAACACUGAUAACGCUAUGGUGCAUAAGGUGUCCCUACGAGAUGAAUGGAUUGUUAGAUAAUAUAUCUCUAUUACUACGUUUUUUUGUAAUAUUAACUGAAUCGUGUGUAUAAUUAUUUUUCUUUUAGUUCAAUAUAGACGCGUACGCUGUUACAAUACACAUUCUGUUGAAUCCAGGGUGCUACUCGAGUCGCUGCACUCGCCACAGCGUCGGUUUAUCUUGCUUUGAAGUUGACCCUUUACCAGAUCGCCAAACACGAGCGUGGCUUCCACUAUAAAUGUAUACCGAAAACCGUAACACGAUCACGUUUAAGAUAAUAAUACAUAACAAAAAAUAAACAUAAAUGUAAGUUACCAUCGUCCCGUUCCAGGUCCCAUGUUUCUUAGAAAUGUAUUUUCAGAAACAUUGGUACUUAUGCUUUAUAACGCAUAACAAGGGCUUAUUAACUCAUGUAAUAAUUAAUCUUUACAUAACUAAGGUCAUCGCAAACUGAGAACACAUGUUCGACAGCUGUGAUUUGAAUUGCCUCUUAUGUACUUAUAUCACGUCAAAUUUAUACGGAAUAUAAGACGCGAUUCAUAAUUUAUAUCAUAAAUUAACGAAAUUAAAGCCAUACGGCAAAAUCAAGAGCAAAAUAUGAUUAAUCUUGGUAAGGUUUAGUAGGUAUAGAGCAUUAAAACAAAAUCAUUUAUAAAAGUUGCUCUGAGUCGCUCUGUCCAAAGCAACAAAACAACCAUUAAGGGCCGGUUGCAUCAAACCGUCUGUCACCGUUAAAGCGUUCGUACGUGUAAAAUUUUAUUGUAUGGGAAGUUCCAUAGUCUGCUGCUUGACGAUGAUGUGUCUGUCAAAUGUGGUUGAUGCAACUGGCCAUAAGUAGCUUAAAUCGCUCGCGUAAACAAUUAUUAAAUGUAUAAUGAAUUUCCCUUAAUUCUGAUAAUACCACCUGAAUAAAUGAAAUAGUAUGUGGGAAACAGGCAUACCACGGCUUGGUAGAGGGCUAAACGAAUAACUUUUAACACCGGUAUAAUAUAACAUAGCUGUUUUGCAGAUGAAGUUAAUAGUUAUUAACUUAAGUACAAAUUUUAAUUUGUCUGGUCUUAGGUAAAUAAGCUUGAAUUUAAUUGAGCGCUUGAUUUUAUAACUUUUUUUUACUAUCGACGCAGGUUAUCAUUAAUAUAUUCGUAUUCGUGUGUCCACUUACGUCUCGUCAGUAGGUAAGUGCAUAUAGGUACUUACCUACGUUUAUUCUCACUUUCUUAGUGUUUGUCAAGUAUUUUUUGUGUAAAACGUAGGUAGUUUUCCAUUGUAUGGGAAUAUUUUAAAUAAGGCUCUUAAAGAGUUACUAUUGGGUUGCAUUUGACUUAAUAGCACCCUGUCCCAGAAUUGAACAUAUAACAUACUAUCUUACCGUGUGCAUUGUUCUUCUGACUAUCUUUAAGUGUUUGACUCGGACGUUUCCGAAUUUAAUGUUUCUCGCGAGAUUAUUGUGCCGUCAACAAGAGUUACGUAACAUUGUUUACGUGGAAUCUGACCAAAUGAAAUGGUUCACCUGUUUUAGAUUGUAAUUAUGACAUCUAUUUAUUAAAUCUUUCUUCUCUCA